AUGGAGAGUCCAGUACUAGAGAUAGUAACCGCUAUGGAAGAGCUGGAAUCUAUCCUGGCAGAAGCGGAGAAUUCCGGUAGUCCCCGACCGACUAGCCAAGACUCCCAGAACCGAGAAACCAACAACGAGCCCGAGAGCAUCCAGACACGGAAACGAUCCUCAGGCACCCAAGAAACCAUGGAUCGGGGAAUUUCUUCCCAGCCACCCAAACCCGCAACCACCGGCUCCACCCACCGUAACGACCCCUUAUUCUUACCUGUUCAUAUGGGUCUCUGCUGGCGAUGUGGGUACCCGGGACACCGAAGAAACGCUUGUACGGACAAACCCGUGAAGUUUUGCUCUCACUGUGGCAAAAGAGGGGGGUGUGUAACAGAGUUACUAUAUUUUUCUUGGGAAAUAAAAGAAUCGGCGGCAACAUCGCGCGCCGAUCCGAUUCCCUCUUCUCAAUCGCCCGAGUGGGGCAUCGACCGCGACCAUAAAUACGGCAGGAGACCGUCGAUUCGGGGAGACCUCCGUUCGUCUCCACACCGACCGCGCGUACCAAGUGUAACCUUGCCUACAAUUCUGGAAGAAAUUCAAGAGGAUAUGGACGGUAAUCUGCACGGACUUCAAAAUAUUUAUGCUUCGUUUUAUUUUUCUCAAGAAAUAUACUAUUUCAGUAAUCUUAUCCUGCUCGAAAUCAUUUCACAUUUUGGUUCAAAAAAUACAUUAAUUCCCCUAGAUAUGAAAAAUUUCGCAUCGGACAGUGAAAACAACUCAAAAUUCGAUCGCAGCGACCUCAAAUUGUGCGAAAACGAGUCUUAG